CGUGCAGUUUGGUCCUCACAGCGACCCUCAGUGCACGUGACUGUCACCUGACGCAAGCCGGAAGCUCUGAGGAAGCGACAAUAACAACAAAACUUCAUGCACCAAACUUGAUAUUUACAGUUUAUUAACGAGAGUUAACGAUGGAGUCGACCCUCGAACAGCAUCUCGAUGAUACCAUGAAAAACCCAGCCAUCGUCGGUGUGCUGUGUACGGACCAGCAGGGACACAACCUGGGCUGCCGCGGCUCCCUGUCUGAUGAACACGGCGGCGUUGUGUCAGUUUUAGCCAAACAAGCUGCGGCUCUCAGCAGAGACCUAACAGACUCUCCGACUGUGUGCCUGGAGUCUGAGUCAGGAAACAUUCUGGUGAGGACUCACGGGACCAUCACAGUAGCAGUUCACAAGAUAGCAUCUUGAAGACAACAGGACUCACUGAUGAAUUUUUAUUGUAAAGAACUGUACAUGUAAACACACACACAUAUUUUCACACAGUCUGAAUGAUUUUUGAGAAAGACCUGGAAAUCUGGAAUGUGUCUGUUGUGUUUUCUGUAUAUUCAGUUCUCAUAUUUAAAUCAGAACAUGCUUGCUAACUUUCUGCGUGAGAUUCAUUUGUUAUA